CACAGCCCCACAUCCAUCACACUGCGUCACGAGAAGUUGAACCUCCAAGCAAACCAUCCCAUUGCCACCUAAAUUUGAUAGCGUAACCACUCUGAAAAGGACAGAACAAAAGCCACAGCGUCUGGGCAUUCUCCACACAUACCAGAGGGACCUCGCCAUAACUUCUCAUUUUUUUUUCUUUUUUUUCUUUUUUCUUUUUUGUUUUGCCACACCCGCUGCCAGCAUGUCACCACCACCACCGCCCACGGCUGCCACCAGGGGCCCAAGCCCGCUCGGCCCGCUGGUCCGCCUCCGGGGCAUCUCAACCUCCCACCUCCCAGCGCCCGCGGCCACCACGGCCGAGCUCGCGCCCCUGCUCACCAGCAUCCUCCGCGAAGCGCUCCCCUUCAUCGACAGCGCCGCGCCGCGCCAGCCGCCCACCACCAACAACAACAAGCCCGGCAGCACGCCAACGCUCUGGAAGCGCCGGAGCACCAAAACCUGGGCCCCCUCCUCCACUGCCUCCUCCUCUUCUUCCUUACAACCGACGCGCAUCGAGCGCUUCACGCGCGUCAUCCCCGCCUCCGAGCUGCGGCCCCUUGCCGCCGCCGCCGCCUCCUCUGGCGCUGCCACCACCACCACCACCACCACCACCGCAGCGGCGCGCGAGAGCGAGAGCGAGACCUGGGUGUGCCGCCGCAGCGAGCAUGCCGACCGCGCGGAGCGCGGCACCGCCUCCUGGGCCGAGUUCGAGCGCUGCUUCCGCGACGAGCACGCCGCGGCCGAGGUGGCGUUCACGCCGGCCGCCGUGGCGGGUCACGAGGCGCUUGUUUGGGCGGUGGACGGGCGCGGUGGGGAGCAGCGGGGCCGGGGUGAUGAGGGUGCUGGUGGUGCUGGCGCUGGUACUGGUGGUAAUGGCGGUGUGCGGCCGUUGGAGGUGGAGGAGGGCGGGCGGGUGUGGGGGCGGUUCACGCUCAAGGUGGUCGAGAUGCGGCAUCGGGUCGGCAGGCCGGUGCUGAAGGACCGGACGUUUCCCGUGCUGCAGAUGACGGCGGCGGCGGUGGUGGAUGGGCUGGCCGGUGGGGCCAGUGAUGAGUUCGUCGUGGUGAGCAUUCCCGUGCCGGACUUUGCGCUGUCUGAGCACAGCAAGCUGGCGCGGGAACCGGGCGCGCUGGUCGCGCGGUAUGUCAGCGUGGAACGGUUUCGCAGGCUUGGCGGGGACGGAGAGGAGCGGAUUGAGUGGCUGAUGGCAACGGCGAGCGAUGCGGGCGGCGUCUUGCCCAUGUGGGUGCAGAACAUGGCUACGCCGGGCGUGAUCUGGAAGGACGUGCCGCUGUUCCUGGACUGGAUCGCGCGGGAGAGGGAGGCGAGGGAUGCCACUAAGGGUGGUCCGUCAGGUUAAGGCGACGACGGCUCAGAAAACGGCCGGGUACGUCAGAGGCGAGACGCGCCCCAGGCUUCCGCAGGUGCUUGAGUCCUGCGUGUACAAGUAAUGAUA